AUACGUGGAAUCUCGGUUUCCCCGCUGGCUGCGUUUGGCUCUCCGAAGCCAUUUUGGACUCAGUUCAGUUCGGUGCGGGUCAGAAUCCGGGCGACCAGAAGCUGCACAGGCGGAAAGGCUCUGCAAGACCUGCCCUGAGAUUUGGUUGAUUAUUUGGGGGGCGUCAGUGUGGAUUAUCCGCCGUUCCUGAUGGCUUUAAAUCGGGCUCAGGUUUGACUGAGAGCCGCUGGUGUGGACAUCAGGCCGACGGUCACUCGGGCUCCAGCGCGCGCGUGUGCGUGUGGUGUGUGAGAGUGUGUGUGUGUUUUUCAGUGAGUGAGUGCGUGUGAGUGUGUGAUCGGUUUAAAUGUGUGCGAGGCAGAGGACGCCGAACAGGAGUAAAUCCGGGCUGUUUUUGGUCUGAUUAAAGGAAUAUGUUCGCUUCUCUGCUCACUUUGGCACUUCUUCUGGCAACUUUCGCUGCAGACCCCAGUCAUGGCGAGGUGGAGACGCGGGAGUGUUUGUACUAUAACGUUAACUGGGAGGUGGAGAAGACGAACCGUAGCGGUGUGGAGCGAUGUGAAGGAGAGAAAGACAAACGCUCGCACUGCUACGCCUCCUGGAGGAACAACUCCGGCUCCAUCCAGCUCGUCAAGAAGGGCUGCUGGCUCGACGACUUCAACUGCUACGACAGACAGGAGUGUGUGGCCACAGAGGAGAAUCCUCAGGUGUUUUUCUGCUGCUGUGAAGGAAACUUCUGCAAUGAGAGAUUCACACACCUGCCGGACAUCAGUGGACCAGUGAUCUCUCCUCCUCCAGUGUCUCCAUCUCUGCUGAAUGUGUUGGUUUACUCUCUGCUGCCGCUCUCCAUGCUCUCCAUGGCUGUGCUGUUGGCAUUCUGGAUGUACCGACACAGAAAACCUCCGUACGGACAUGUGGACGUCAAUGAGGAUCCAGGCCCAUCUCCUCCAUCUCCUCUGGUGGGUCUGAAGCCUCUGCAGCUGCUGGAGGUUAAAGCUCGCGGACGCUUCGGCUGCGUCUGGAAGGCUCAGAUGAUCAAUGAAUAUGUAGCUGUCAAGAUUUUCCCCAUUCAGGAUAAGCUGUCAUGGCAGAACGAGCGGGAGAUGUUUUCCACUCCGGGAAUGAAACAUGAUAACCUGCUGCGCUUCAUCGCUGCUGAGAAACGCGGAUCUAACCUGGAGAUGGAGUUCUGGCUCAUCACUGAGUUUCAUGAGCGGGGCUCUCUGACGGACUAUCUGAAGGGGAACGCAGUGAGCUGGGCCGAUCUGUGUGUGAUAGCGGAGAGCAUGGCCUGUGGUCUGGCGUAUCUGCAUGAAGACGUGCCGCGCUCCAAAGGAGAAGGCCCCAAACCAGCCAUCGCACACUUUGAGCCGGGGAAACCGCCGGGAGACACACAUGGCCAGGUGGGCACGAGGAGGUACAUGGCCCCGGAGGUGCUGGAAGGAGCCAUAAACUUCCAGCGGGACUCCUUUCUGCGGAUAGACAUGUACGCCAUGGGCCUGGUGCUGUGGGAGCUGGUGUCACGCUGCAAAGCUGCUGAUGGUCCUGUGGACGAGUACAUGCUGCCGUUUGAGGAGGAGAUCGGUCAGCACCCGUCGCUGGAGGAUCUGCAGGAUGCUGUGGUCCAUAAGAAGCUGCGGCCGGCGUUUAAGGACUGCUGGCUCAAGCAUUCAGGUCUGUGUCAGAUGUGCGAGACCAUGGAGGAGUGCUGGGAUCAUGACGCAGAGGCUCGUCUGUCGGCCGGCUGUGUGCAGGAGCGCAUCUCUCAGAUCCGCCGCGUCAGCAGCUCCACCUCAGACUGCCUGUUCUCCAUGGUGACCUCGCUCACCAACGUGGACCUGCCGCCCAAAGAGUCCAGCAUCUGAACACACUCAGAGAAAAACAAAACAAACACACACACCACCCUCAAGCAGCUGCUAUUUUACCACGACCCUUUUUUUAAACUGUCCUCGUUACUGUUGUUUAUUAUUAUUAUUAUUAUUAUUAUGAUUUUUAUUUUUCUGAUCGGAUCAGCAACUUUACCAGCACACUUACUCUUCUCUACUGUAUUUUUAUCAUCGGAGCAAACGCGACGAAGCGUGCAUUCAGGUGCCGACGAAUGAAUGCUGACGCUGCAGGUACCUCAAGGUUUAUCUGGUGUUGUGUUUUUUCCUCUUCUUCUGGAUGGCUGAGCAGUGCUGCAGACCCGCGGGGAUCAUCAUGACUGUUACACAAAGCUAGCUCCUCCGGGUUUAUUUUCUCUCUCUCCGACAGUGAAACGUGUCUUUCGGAGCUAACGGGUGUUCAGGAACACCACACCACAGCCGGCAGGUUUUGGAUGAUCUUGUGGCGGUGUCUCUCUCACGGCUGGCUUGCGUGUGCAGAUUUCGGAGCAUUUAGUUCGGUACAGGAAUCUUUCUCAGGGAUCCAGAGUCGAGGGGUCCAUGACUGCCUUUUUUUCCGCAUCAGUAUAGGACAGAGAUCGGUUUAUAAUGCCAAUUACCUACCAGGGCUGGGACCAUAAAUCAUGCAUUGUGAAUCGAGAGAGUGAUUCUGCGUAGACUUUUCUGAAUGCAUUGCGAUUCUCUUUUGAAUGGAUUCUUUGGUUAGGUUUUUCCAGCAGAUAGCGCUGUGUGUUCUACAAUUAAAUACCUUGCACACACAUUUAAACAUGGCAUAUUUAUUAGUCAAUUUUGGGGGAAAAAUUAAGCAAAAAACAAGAAUCACAAAACUAAUAUUGUGAGUUAAUUUGACCACUUUACAAUAAGCCUAGAGCGCCAUCCGAUGUUUUCAAACUUGCCCCGGGCACCGUCUUCUGUUUUAAAAUAAGCCUAGAGCGUCAUCUACUGUUUAAAACAAGCCUAGAGUGCCCUCUGCUGUUUUAAAUACUAUCCUGGAGUGCCAUGCACCAUUUUAAAUCUAGCCUAGAGCACCGUCGGCUGUUUUAAAACUUGUCUAGAGCGUCAUCUACUGGUGAAAACUUGCCUAGAGCCCCCUCUGCUGUUUUAAAACUAGCCUAGAGCGUCAUCUACUGUUGAAAACUUGCCUAGAGCCCCCUCUGCUGUUUUAAAACUAGCCUAGAGCGUCAUCUACUGGUGAAAACUUGCCUAGAGCACCCUCUGCUGUUUUAAAACUAGCCUAGAGCGUCAUCUACUGGUGAAAACUUGCCUAGAGUGCCCUUUGCUGUUUUAUAACUAGCCUAGAGUGCCCUCUGCUGUUUUAAAACGUGUCAAGAGCGUCAUCUACUGGUGAAAACUUGCCUAGAGUGCCCUCUGCUGUUUUAAAACUAGCCUAGAGCGUCAUCUACUGGUGAAAACUUGCCUAGAGUGCCCUCUGCUGUUUUAAAACGUGUCAAGAGCGUCAUCUACUGGUGAAAACUUGCCUAGAGUGCUCUCUGCUGUUUUAAAACUUGCCUAGAGCGUCAUCUACUGUUGAAAACUUGCCUAGAGCACCCUCUGCUGUUGUAAAACUUGCCUAGAGUGCCAUCUGCUGGUGAAAACUUGCCUAGAGCGCCCUCUGCUGUUUUAAAACUAGCCUAUAUCGCCAUCUGCUGGUGAAAACUAGCCCAGAGCCCCAUCUGCUGUUUAAAACUAGCCUAGAGCGCCAUCUACUGUUUAAAACUAGCCCUGAGCGCCCUCUGCUGUUAAAAACUAAUCUCAGAAUUAAUUUCAGAGUAAAUUGCGAUGCAUUUAGAAAAUCUCAGAAAUGAUCCAGGAAUCUCAAUGCUUCAAAUUAUCGCCCCAGCCUAGUUAUCUACACAGAACAUGCAAGACUGUGUGCGUGUGUGCGUGUGCUGAGAAGUUGUUUAAAUAGAAAAAAGGCUAUAAAAAGUGUGUGCGACUGAAAGUAAGUGUUUAUUUCGGUCGUCUAGUUUCUCUCGUAAUGAUGCAAUGUGUUUGUUUUGUCGUCUGGAGUGAAGCAUUCGCACGUCUGAAGCGAAUCAGUCCUCAUCCAGACUGAUAAGGGGGGGGGGGUUCUGGGUCACGUUUUACCUCAAAAUUAAAAAAAGAAAAAAAAAAUUCACAAAUAAUAUUUUUUAGAACUGAAAGGAAUAUUAAGAUGUUUUAGGAAUUGUGGCAUUAAUUUGAAGACUGCUAAGCACAUUUUCCUUCAAAUUCUUAUGACCGAAAUGCAUCCAAAUAACUGGUGAUUUUCAUUAUUUUUAAUGAUUAUUAUAACAGUAAUACAGCGAUUUAUGGAAAAUAGUAUUUUUUAAAUAUUGAAUAUUUUUUUGUUGCCAAAUUCUCAUGAAUGUAAUGCGUCAUCUACCUUAUAUACAUAAUUUCAGCAUUUAAAUCUCAAUACUUUGGUUAUAAUUUAAUUCUUUUUACUGCAAUAAAUAAAAAUAUACACUU